AUGGCCAUCGACAUGUGUGGACCCCUUUACACAGCUAAGCUGUCUCAACUCCGAGAUCUCACGCUACCGCCGCGUGAAGUACGAAGUCUCACGGCCGAAUUGACCACCAUGCUUGCCGACAUCGCCAUAGAACCCCCUUCUCUGACGGAGACGGUUGUCGUUGUUGUCAUUCUGCGCUCGGGUUUGGCCAUGAUGGAUGCGUUCCUGUCCAAGUUCCCUCCCGAAGCCAAUGUCAUCGUUCAACACCUGGGAAUUUUCAGAGACAAAAAGACGCUACAGCCAGUGGAGUAUUACAACAAAUUGUCUCCCAGGUCCGCCAAGAUCAGACACGCCUAUAUACUCGACCCGGUGAUCGCAACGGGGGGCACGGCGGAUGCUGCCAUCGAGAUUCUGAGAGAAUGGGGUGUGGAGAGAGUGACCUUCGUUUCGGUCCUAGCUAGCAGGACUGGUGUCGACAGAAUCGCUUCCACUUGCCUCGAAAGUCUGAGACUGGUAGUGGGUGCAGUAGACUCAGAUCUGGACAAUCAAGGAUAUGUGCAGCCAGGGCUAGGCGACAUUGGAGACCGUUUGUUUGGUACACACUUGGAUUGA